UAUGUCCUCUUUACAAUACUUUGUUUCUGGGGUGAUUUUUGUCUCUACACUUUUAGGAGUGGGUGGUUUUAAUGGCUAUUACAGCAGUAAUAUUUACCACUGCCAUUUCAACCCAAAUAAUUUGAGUGAUGUGGAGUUCAUUUUAUCCCUCUGGUUUAACAAGGCUGAAUUCCUACAGUUCAACAGCACUGUGGGGAAGUUUGUGGGAUACACUGAGCUUGGAGUGCAUAAUGCAGAGAAAUGUAACAAAGACAAAGGGAUUCUGGCACAAUGGCAGGCCCAGAGGGACAGUUACUGCAAACACAAUGUCCAGAAUGACUUCAAUAACAUACUGACAAAGAAAGUUGAGCCAGAGGUGAGACUGACUAUGGGGAGGCCAUCCACUGGUGGUCAUCCUGCCAUGCUGGUGUGCAGCGCGUAUGACUUCUACCCAAAGAUGAUCCGCGUGACCUGGCACAGAGAUGGCAAGGAAGUGACCACGGGUGAUGUGAUAUCUAGCGAGGAGCUGGCGGAUGGAGACUGGUACUACCAGACCCACUCCCACCUGGAGUUCACCCCCAAAGCUGGAGAGAAGAUCUCCUGUGUGGUGGAGCACGCCAGCUUGACGGAGCCCAAGGAGUUUGUCUGGGACCCCUCCAUGCCUGAGCCUGAGAGGAAUAAGAUUGCCAUUGGAGCUGCAGCACUGGUGCUGGGGUUAAUCGUCACUGCUGCUGGGUUCAUCUACUACAAGACAAAGUCCAGAGGGCGGAUCUUGGUACCCAGUGGUUAAAGUAAGUCAUCAGUUUAUGAGACAUUUCUACACUUUUAUUUAGCAGCUUAUCUCAGAA